ACAAAAAUCAUGUGAUCUCAUUGAGCGAUAAACAAAUUUCAUUCAAAAUGUGCCAGUCACUUUGACGUGUGCUGAUUACAGAUACGUAUACAUUUAAGUGGAAUAUUCGAGUCCUCAAUUGCCAGUUCUCUUUUUGUAGUCAUCCAAGACCUACAAGAUGCAAGUCAACAUUGUUCUAGCAUUGAUGUUGUGUGCGGUGGCGGGGACCCUGGCGUCUGAAUGCUCACUCCCCCCGUCGCUAUGGUGUAGUUCCUACGAGGUUGCAGAGGCGUGCAAGGUGACGGCACAGUGUAGGAGAACGGUGUGGAGCCCCGUGCGUGGCCCUGCCCCCCUUGUCAACUUCACGCUGUACUAUGAGUCCCUGUGUCCAGACUGUCGAGACUUCAUCAAGAAACAACUGUUCCCAGCAUUCACUGCAGUCCGCAGCAUCUUCAACCUCACGCUGGUCCCGUAUGGGAAUGCAGAGGAGAAGAAAGAUGGCGACAAGUGGGUGUUUGAUUGUCAGCAUGGAGAAGAAGAGUGUGCUGAAAACCUGUUGGAUACUUGUCUUCUCAACAUAGUGAAUGAUAUCAACAAGGCCUUCCCAUUCAUUCACUGUAUGGAAGAAGGCCCAGAGCGGUCAAGAACAGCAUUUCGAGAGUGUGCCAAGAAGUUCCCUGCCAUCCCGGCUGAUCAGAUUGAGGCUUGCGCCAACAGUUCCCAGGGCAACCAGUGGGAGCACGAGAUGGCGAUGAAGACAGACGCACUCAACCCCCAGCAUAAAUACGUGCCCUGGGUCACGCUCAACGGGGUCCACAAUGAGAAGAUUCAGAAUGAAGCCCAGAACAAUCUUAUAAAGCUGCUCUGUGACACAUAUACAGGCACCAAGCCAUCAGGAUGCCAACAAAGACGUGGGACUAACUGUGCCAGGAAGUAGAGUAUUCAGAAACAACUUGUAGAAUCACGGAGACACUUUGCAAAAAGUUCAAUAUUAGUCAAUGUCAGAGCAAAAAACAACCUUUGUUUUUUCUUAAAACCUUCUUUUAUUUCACUUUUCAAUAUUCCAUCUGUGUUGACUCGGGUUGUGUCGAUGCUGUCUUCUGUUAACUCUGAGAGAUUAAUUUCAGAAAAAAACCAUGUUUUUUUAAUAUUUAUUUUGCCCACCAACCAUACAGUUUGGGUAAAUGUAUGGUAAAUGAGAUAACUAAAAAAGAUUCUUUUCAAACAGAUCAUUUUUUUGGGUUUCAGUAGCUCCUGACUAUGUUGCAAUGUUUAUAUGUAGCAGAACUGAUUUUUUUGUAACAUAACUGUGAUCUUGAGAAACAACUUAAUACUGCUGACAUAAAUUCGGGUAUUAUAUAUAAUAUUAAAUAUACAUAACUUGUUUCCUUCUUUUCUUCCUAUUGGUGUGGACAUUGGUGCUUAAAAUUUUCACAAUAAAGAGUAUGUUGAUAUAUCAAGAUGAAUUCUUUCAUCACAUUUGUAGUUGUAUACAUGUUUUUUGAUACAAAAUAACAAUACUCAUUAUACAUUAUUUUACUACAUAAAAUGACAUUUUGAAAAACAAUUUGUAUUUGUACCUUGUGUGAUAAUGGCUGUUGUGGCUGAUAUAAGUGAAAUUAAAAGACAGAUACCUUAGAGUUGUCCCAACCUUUGUGACUGCAGCUGGUAGGAUGUGUAUCCCUUAUAUCAUGGACAUGUUUGGGCUGAACAAAUGAAUAUACUACAAUCUCGGAAACAUGCUUAUCACCAGUUAGUAAAUCUUUUUCCAUUUCCCUUUUUUUUUAUUUCAUUUAAUGACGAAACAUCUUAGCGUUGUUUACAAAAUGACUCGUAUUAAAAUUUAGAAACCAAAAUUGAUCGUCAUGUUAUGUGAGUGCUUCAUUUGACUACCAUUUCGACUGCAUCCUCCUCUACACUGCAUCCCCUGCUACACUGCAUCCCGUAAUAUGACCCAGUAUGUGCAACCAUGUGGAAAAAAAAAAGGAGUGUUCCUGUUCCAACUGCAAGAGGUAUGGAUGUGUACAAUUUGUCAAAAUGUCAUGUGUAGAUUUUUCCAAUGAGAUCUAUGAGUUGGGUGUAUGUAAAUAAAGAGCUAAUGGUACUUAACCUUUUUCCAGAUGUAUUUGUCCAUCCAUAUCUUGUUCAGACCUUGACAAAUGGCAGAAAAUAGUACUGUCUUGAGAGUUGUGUAACAUCCCAAGGCUUGAGGUUUUGUAUGUUGAUCUGUUUCCCUAUAAAGAGCUAAUGUCAAGAUGUUUACAUGUACAUAUCAUUCCUAUUAUUUCAGGGAGAAGAGACUUAAUACAUAUAUGUACAUUAUUUUUUACAGUGGUAAUAAAAUUAAAUUGGGAAA